CACCCAUAUGUUACCACGCAUCGUCCUAGUCUUCUCUCUUCAUCAUCUCCUCCGACUGCACAUAGUUGUUGUCUCCCUUCUGUCUUCGUUUCUGUUCCGAUCAUUGCUGUGCAACUGAAAAUGAAGCUGGCUUACAUUGCACUGUGUGCUGUUCUUGUGCUGCUUGUAAACGAAGCGCACAUCUCCAUGGCGGUUACCUGCAAGCCAAUAGAGCUAGCCGCAUGCGCAAGCGCAAUAACAUCGUCGUCUUCUCCCUCCCAGAUGUGUUGCAACAAGUUAAAGGAACAGAGGCCAUGCCUCUGCAAGUAUCUCAAGGACCCUAACCUCCAGAAGCUCAUCAACACACCUAAUGCUAAGAAGGUCGCCAACACCUGUGGUACCCCCAUCCCUAGUUGCUAGAUUCAGUACAUAUAUAUAGGGGACUCUUACGUACCACCCUCCAUUUUCAUGUCUGCUUGGUCUUUCUUUUGGGGUGAAUAUCUAAUGGUAUAUAUAUAUAUAUAUAUAUAUAGCUUAAUUAUGUUGCUACUUCUGCAGUAUGUCUUACGUUUGCUCUUUUAAUUUCUACAAGACCAUAGUUUACUAGUUGUAAGUGAGCGUGGCAGUUAUGGGAUUAUCAGAGUCUAAUGAGAAUGUUUUCCAGAAAGAUAAACUAAUUAAGGGAGAAUAGUGAUCUGUUUUACAUCUAAAA